AUGGAUAACCAACACGAGGAAUCGCAACAACAAUCACUGCGUUCAAGCAGUCGGAAUGGCACACCGAGUAAUACUACAUUGAGGUCAUCAAAAAAUUCAAAACCUUCUCAAGAGUUUGGAGAUGAAUUGACUAAAACCGAGAUUAUUGAAGCAGAAAAUGCUGAUGAUCAUACUUCCGAGAAGUCUUUGAGCUUGGGAGUAGGAGAAGCAGCCCUUCCAACAUCCCCUCCCGCUAAACUGUUUGAUGACGGAUUUUCGACAACGAGUAGCGAUCAUGAACAGAGAUAUUCAGAGUUUAAACUGGAGAAUGAUGAGAUAGCAGUUUCGCCACCGAAUGAAAGUUACAUUAAAUUUAUAGAUAAGGAAAUUGAUCUCGACAAAGAGAGCGAUAUUGAAGAAAGUGAAGAUGAAGAGGAAUUAGACCUGAAAAAUCCAAAAAGUGCAAGAAAUGAACCUCAAUAUCACGAAGAAUUCAAAGAUGGACCGAAUGCUUUACCUGGUGACUUUCUGUUCAAUUAUGCCAAGUUUAACGCUACUGUGAAAAAGUUGGCGUCACUUUUUAACGAAACUAUGGUGUUGAAAGCUGGAUCUUUAGCUGAUGAAAGAGAAUCUUUUUUAAAGAAGAAAUCCCAUGCCCGGGAAGAAGAAGGAACAUCACACCCAUCAUCGGCACAACAUUCAACUCACUCCAUAUCAGAAGAGGCAACGUUGGAAAUGUUUUUUGAGGCAAAAAAGAAUUUUGAUAAGCAUUUAAAACAUUUAGAUUUCAGAUUGAAGGAAAUAGAGGUGUCUUUCAACUCCAAGUUGGAUGAGCUUCGACAAGAGUUAACCAUUGCAAAGAAAGAAAAAGAUGUAAGAUCAUUAGAAUGGAAAGAACGCUACGAUAAGCUUCACAAGCGUUGGAACGAUGUGAUGACAGCCAUGUCCAACUUACAAAAAGAAAAAGAGGAAUUGAGACGAGAACGAGAUGGACUUUUCUCGUUGAAAAUUGACACUUCCUCUGUUCCCAACGUUUCCUCUUCUCAACCUUCCCAUCAAAACGCAAUUGCGACAAAAGAACAACCAACGGGAGACUCCUUAAAAGAUUAUUCUGAAACGUCUCAUCUUGUGCGUUAUGAUUCGCCUGCCCAGAAAAUUCGACCUGAGUCGAAAGAGCAGGCUCUCAAAAUGAGAUAUGAUGUUCUACGAUCAAUAUCCCAAUCCUUACUUAAUUCUAUGGCCGAAUCACUCCAGUCACAAAUGGCCACUGUAUUUAUUUAUAAUCCAAAACAGAAUGAGCUUCAGAGCUUUUGUUUGGUUUGCAAAUAUGAUUUUACUGAUCCAGCUUUGUCAACUCUGGUUGAGAACAAAAAUAUCAGUAACGCCACUCUCUACUCCAAUAAUACACACACAUUAUCUGGUGGACCAAAAUCUCCACCAAAGCACAUUUGCCUACCAGCCAAUCAAGGUAUUGUUGGAGAGGUUUUCACACGAUCGGUGGCUCUAAAUGUUUUUGAUGUACCAACGUACAAGAAGCAUUACAGAUACGUCGACAAGGAGACGGGUCUAAAAACAAAAGUAGCCAUAUGCUUUCCAUUGAUUUCUAAAAAGACUAAUGGAUGCAUUGGCGUGUUAGAAGUGAUGAACAAGACACCAAAUCCAGAUGCAUUGGAUGAGAAUGAACCUUACGAUAUUCAGGACGAGGCUAAGAUGUUUGAAUUUUCAAGAAUUUUUUCAGAGUUGAUUGACAACGAGAUGGAUUGUUUGCCUUUCUCAAUAUUCGUCAAACCUCAGAAAACAGCUCUUGCUUGGAAAGAGAGUAAAGAAAAGAAAGAGGAACUUUCGUACUCGAAUCUGAAUGUCACUAGGGUGUACCCUCAAAGUACGAUGAGAGUAUUCGACGAAUUAGACGACCUUUCUCCUCAAAGUCCCACCAAGAUUGGGUCUGUACGAGCUCCAAGCGCACUUGUUCCCAAAGAAGUUGAGGAAUACAUUAAAAAACUUGAAUCGUGUUGGAGAAAAUCAGUCAACGAAACUGCUCAACACAAGAAUACUAUUGUAACUCUCGAGGAGUCGUUAAAUGAAAAACAGCAGCUCCUUAAGACAUUAGAGAGGAAAAAUACAGAGCUCGAAAAAAGUUUAGAUGAGCUGAAAUCUAAAAUGAUUUCCGAGUUUAAAGAACAAAAAUUAGCCAAGCAAGAAUGGAAAAUCAAGGAAAAUGAAAUGCGCGUGGAGCUGGAUUUCAUCAAAAAGACGCACAACACUCUCGUUCAAGAGCACAUGUUUAGACUAAAAGAAGAGAGCAUAAAAUCUCUUCUCCUUCCUGUAAAUACCUCCCAAAUAAGUCAAUCGCUUGAGAAUGUAAAUACUUUGAAUAAUUCGUCAUUGAUUGGUCGACAAUCACCUGUGGAACGAAAAGGUGAAUUGCCAUAUCUUGAUUCAAAGGUGAACAAAAAGUUAAUGGCAAAGAGGCCAUCUAAAAACACGAUUGACCAAACACGAAUACCCUCCGAUCUUUCAGAGAGAACUACAGCAUAUUUUCCUCCCAUUUUUGCAGAACUUUUUACUCAGUUACCUCUUCCCACUUUAAUAUUGAACAACAAAUUUAGGAUUUGGAGAUUUAAUAAUCGAUUUUUAAGCUUUUUGGGAUGCAAAAGUGAGCAGAAUGAAAUUUAUUUAUCACAACUAUUGGGCAUAUCCUUUGCAGAUAUUUGUAUUGGAAUUGAACAUGAAAAUUUAUCCAAAUUAAUGCAAUAUGACAUUUUGCAAGGUCUAAAUGUUGCAAAACUGGGCCCCGAAAACGAUUCUACCAACACUUCUCAAACAACAAGAUCACCAUCGCCGAUUCUUUCCCUUAACAACACACUCAAUUCUUCAAAUUUGAUCGACCUGAGAAAUGAUUCGAGAUCUCCAACUCAAAAUAUUCUUUCCAAGAAGGCGUUUGUGAAAGUAACUGCUUACGUUUGCAAAAUUGGUCAAAAUGGACAAAAAUUUUCGACGGGGUUAGCAGGUUCUCGAAUUUCCGUAACACCAGCUCUUGAUGAAUCUCCCAAUAGCAAUUCCAUCAUUAAGGGGCCCUUGUACAGCAUUAUAUUCACAAAGUAA